AUGCUGCGUAAGCUCACAGUCGACCAGAUAAAUGACUGGUUCACCAUCGGCAAGACGGUGACCGAUGUGGAGCUGCUGGGCUUGCCGCCCACCUUCCUGGCCGAGACGACCAGGGACGAGGCGCAGCUCAGGGGUGCGGCCCUGGGUGCCGUUCCUGCCACGUCGGCGCCCAUCCCAGCGCCAGAACCAGGCCAGGCCGAGGCGCGUCCGGCGGCUACUCUUUGCAGGCUGCUGAGCCAUGAGAGCUCAGACGUGGAGUAUGUUAACAAAUACAGGCAGCUUGAAGCACAAGAACUGGAUUUGUGUGGUGAUGACCAGUCCACCAGCGGCCCAGGUCCAAGGCCAGCGUCGGCUAAAUUAAGCAGUGUCACUUGCACCCCAGAGAAAACUUACACAUAUCCUGACUUGCCUAUAAAUCGAUGCAAGGAGGAGGUUAUUUCUUUGAUAGAAAGUAAUUCUGUGGUCAUUAUUCACGGAGCCACAGGCAGUGGGAAAAGCACCCAGCUGCCACAGUAUGUCUUGGACCAUUACACCCAGCGCUGUGCUUACUGCAACAUUGUGGUUACCCAGCCCCGGAAGAUCGGGGCCAGCAGCCUCGCCCGCUGGGUCAGCAGAGAGCGUGCCUGGGCCCUGGGUGGUCUGGUGGGCUAUCAGGUAGGACUGGAGAAAAUAGCAACGGAGGACACCAGGCUGAUGUACGUGACAACCGGGGUGCUGCUGCAGAAGGUUGUCAGCGCCAAGAGCCUGGCGGAGUUCACGCACGUCUUCGUGGACGAGGUCCACGAGAGAACUGAAGAAAUGGAUUUCCUGCUGUUGGUAGUCCGCAAACUUUUAAGGACAAAUUCACGUUUUGUGAAGGUAGUUCUGAUGUCAGCCACCAUCAAUUGUACAGAGUUUGCUGAUUACUUCGCCAUUCCUGUGCAGAAUCAGAUGAAGCCCGCGUACGUUUUCCAAGUGGAAGGGAAGCCCCAUUCCAUUGACGAGUUCUACCUCGAUGACCUGGAGCCCAUUCACUCCCGCAGGCUCUCUCCUCAGCUGCUGGAGGAGCCGGUGAUCACGAAGGACAUAUACGAAGUCGCUGUCGCCCUCAUUCAGAUGUUUGAUGACGUGGACAUGAAGGAGAGUGGGAUCAAGACCUGGUCGGGUGCCCCAUUUGUGUCGGAGCGGAGCAGCGUGUUGGUGUUUCUGCCAGGUCUGGGAGAAAUAAACUGUAUGCACGAACUUCUCACAAACCUGGUUCACAAAAGGCUGCAGGUCUACCCGCUACACUCCAGCGUGACCCUGGAGGAGCAGAACAACAUCUUCCUCAGCCCAGUGCCGGGGUACCGGAAGAUUAUUCUGUCCACCAACAUUGCAGAGAGUUCCGUCACAGUUCCAGAUGUCAAAUACGUUAUAGAUUUUUGUUUGACUAGAACUCUGGUGUGUGAUGAAGACACGAAUUACCAGAGCCUGCGACUGAGCUGGGCCUCUAAGACCAGCUGUACCCAGAGAAAAGGCCGAGCUGGACGAGUGUCUAAAGGAUACUGUUACCGCCUGAUACACCGGGAUUUCUGGGACAGCGGCAUCCCCGACCAGGUCGUUCCGGAGAUGUUGCGGUGUCCAUUGGGAAGCACAGUAUUGAAAGUGAAGUUACUGGACAUGGGGGAACCCCGCGCUUUGCUGGCCACCGCCCUCUCCCCGCCCAGUCUGAGUGACAUCGAGCGCACCGUCCUGCUCCUGAAGGAGGUUGGCGCACUUGCCGUCCGUGGGCAGAGUGAGGACGAGAACCCCCACGAUGGUGAAUUGACCUUCUUAGGACGAGUUUUGGCCCAGCUUCCUGUUAGUCAGCAGCUGGGGAAGCUCAUCGUCCUGGGACACGUGUUUGGGUGUCUGGAUGACUGUCUUAUCAUAGCGGCAGCUCUGUCCUUGAAGAACUUUUUCGUGAUACCUUUCAGGCAGCAUCUGGAUGGAUACAGGAACAAAGUGAAUUUCUCCGGCAGCAGUAAGAGUGACUGUAUCGCACUCGUCGAGGCAUUUAAAACUUGGCAGGCCUGCCGACAAAGAGGAGAGCUGCGGCACCCGAAGGAUGAACUUGACUGGGGACGGUUAAAUUACAUUCAAAUCAAGAGAAUUAGAGAGGUGGCUGAGUUAUACGAAGAACUGAAGAAGCGAGUCUCCCAGUUCAGCAUGCACGUUGACUCCCGGCGGCCGGUCGUGGACCACGAGUACACACACAAGCAGCGGUUCAUCCUGCAGGUAGUACUGGCAGGAGCUUUUUAUCCAAAUUACUUUACUUUUGGGCAGCCUGACGAGGAGAUGGCAGUGAGGGAGCUGGCUGGUAAAGACCCCAAGACAACCAUCGUGUUGAAGCACGUCCCUCCUUACGGCUUUCUCUACUAUAAACAACUCCAGUCUCUCCUCAGGCAGUGCGGUCAAGUCAAGUCCAUUGUAUUCGAUGGGACGAAAGCCUUUGUGGAGUUUUCGCGUAAUCCAACAGAGAGAUUUAAAACGCUUCCUGCCGUGUACAUGGCUAUUAAGAUGUCUCAGCUCAAAGUUCCCCUUGAACUCAACGUUCAUUCUGCAGAGGAGAUCGAAGGGAAGGUGCAGGGAACAGCUGUUUCAAAGCUCAGGAAUACCAGGGUGAAUGUGGACUUCCAGAAGCAGACAGUGGACCCUGUGGGGGUGUCGUUUAACACGUUCCACAGCACCCAGAUGGUUUCGGAGCUCCUCCUAACGAUCGAUGUUACAGAGGUGGUUGAAGUGGGGCACUUCUGGGGCUAUAGGAUCGAUGGAAGAAACUCCGAGAUCCUGAAGAAGCUCACGGCUGAGAUAAGCCGCCUGAAGUUGGUGCCCUUGUCCGCUCACCCACACCCAGACUUGGUCUGCCUGGCUCCUUUCGCUGCUUUUGAUCAACAAAGCUACUUUAGAGCUCAAAUCCUUUACGUUUCUGGGAAUUCUGCUGAGGUGUUUUUUGUAGACUAUGGUAACAGAUGUCACGUAGAUCUGGGUCUUCUAAUGGAGAUUCCCUGUCAGUUUCUCGAACUUCCAUUUCAGGCGCUGGAAUUCAAGAUUUGCAGAAUGCGCCCGUCCGCCCGGUCCCUGGUGUGUGGCGAGCGCUGGAGUGGCGGGGCCAGUCGGCGGUUUGCCGGCCUGUUGCGCGGCUGCGCGCUGCUCGUGAAGGUCUUCUCCAUCGUGCACAGCGUCCUGCAUGUGGACGUGUACCGGUACGCCGGGCUGCAGGGCCUCGUCCACGUCAGGGACGUCCUCAUCCACGAGGGCUACGCCGAGCUCGCCGAUGAGUGCCACGAGUCCAAGCAAAGCCAUGAAGUUCUCAAGGGUCUCUUUUCCAAAUCAGUAGAAAAUAUGACAGACAUGUCUGUGUUGUCCCCCGGGAAGGACGACGAGAAGCACCUGACCCAAGUUUUGUUGGACAGCUUCUCUUCCAAGAAACUUGGGGCCCCAAAUUGCAAGGCCGUUCUACAUGGGCCUUUCAACCCUUAUGAACUGAAGUGUCACAGUCUGACCAGAGUAUCCAAGUUCAGAAGUGUCUGGAUCGAGAAGGAGAGCAUCAACUCCGUCAUUGUCAGUGACAGCCCCGAGGACCUCCACCAGCGGAUGCUGGUGGCAGCCGCCCUGUCCGUCAACGCCACCGGGUCUACGAUGUUGCUGAGAGAGACCACGCUGAUGCCGCAUGUCCCCGGCCUCCCGGCCCUCCUGAGCAUGCUGUUUGCACCGGUGAUGGAGCUGAGGGUUGAUGGGGAUGGAAAGUGCUACACUGGAGUCCUCUGUGGCCUGGGGUGCAGCCCAACCACGGGGGCCCCCAUCCUGCCAGAGCAUGACAUCGAGCUAGCAUUUGAUGUCCAGUUCAGCGUGGAGGACAUCGUAGAGAUCAAUAUUCUCAGGGCCGCCAUUAACAAGCUGGUAUGUGAUGGACCAAACGGGUCGAAGUGUCUCGGGCCAGAGCGAAUCGCGCAGCUACAGGACAGUGCACGUCAGAAGCUUUUGGGUUUGUUCUGUCGAGUGAAACCAAGAGAGAGAGUUGUUCCUAAAUGGCACGAAAAGCCAUACGAGUGGAAUCAGGUUGAUCCGAAGCUGGUCAUGGAACAGGCGGACCCCAAGGGCAGCAGAGGGAGGAACACCUUCCUCUACCAGCUCCACAAGCUCAUCGUCCUCAGCUCCUAGGGGUUGGGCAGCUGUGCCCACUGACUCCUGGAGGCACCCCCACCCCCCAUGGAUACCAGCUCCUUCUGCAGACCCACCGUCCUGUACCCCAGCACCCGAACAAAUGGGGCUUCCACCUGCUACCUUUCUCUUUGGUGGUGGCCAGAGAGCGCUAUUUCUUUUCCUGUGGGAAGGUUGGAAAGCCCCGUCUUUUCCAGAAACAGAAAACCACUGUGUUAAACGCUUGGGGGAAAAUGGUUCCGAAAGAAGCCUUCGUUUGAAAAGAGAGCCGUGUUUUGCUUUAAAUUCACUCAGGUA